AUGUAUAUUCCUAAAAACACCGGCGACAUUUGGGAAAUACCCGAUUUGGCUAUCAAAUUUGACGUAAGACGCGAGCACUUGGGUCACAAGCAGUUGACAAGCAUUGCUCUGGAGAUGUCCCCAAGAAGAGCCACCAAUAAUACUCCUCUGAUACCUACGACAUAUGUCCAAAACCUUCAACAGUGUGUGCAACGGUUGCAGGACAGUUCCUCGUUGCUUAAAGCUUCCGUGAAGAAAAUCGAGAAUAGCACGCGAAAUUUCUCUCGUUUAAGGAAAUUGAUUGCUUGUCAACGGGUAUCUGAACUGGUCACCGAACCAGAGAUUCGCGAAGCUCAAAGAUCGGUAGCAAUCCAACUCGAACCACGUGUCAAGCAUCUCUUACUCAAAGCAGAGGAAUUGUUGACCGAACUUGAGCAACGUGAAAAUAUUCUCCAGGAAGAGGUCAAUAGGCGUGAAAUUGAAUUGGACGUGGAAUUAAAAAGGACACAGACAUUUUCACAAAAGCAAGGUAACAAGGUCGAUCAUUCUGGCUCGUCUGAAAAACAAUUGGCGUCUACCUGUGGUCAACGGAAGGCGGCUCACAAUAACGAGCAUGCCAAGAAGUUAAAAGAAAUGAAAAAAAAGAUGGAGAGAAUGGCGAAAUCGGUCAGGGAAUUGGAGGAUGAAUGCAAGCAUAAGAGACGAGGGGAAUUUAUGCAGGUUGAAGAACUUCAACUCCAAAAGCAAAGAAUUGCCGCGGAAAAGAAACCAUCCGCGAUAAAGACACCAAAAAAAUCUAAAGUCAAGCCCAAGAAUGAUGAAGUUUUAGAAAACAUUGAGGAUCAAAUCAAAGAUUUGGAUGUGAUAAUUGGGGAGAAAAGAGAAAUUCUGGACGACCAACAAAAUGCAAUCAUGGAGGUCUCCCGUGACAACGAAACUGUGACAGAUGAAGAUUUCAAGUGGAAGCAAAUCCAAGCACAAUUCGAAUUUCUAAAGCGAGCAGAACAACAGAUCGAAUCAAGAUUUAAUUGGCCAAAUGGCGCUGCCACUGAAUUUGAAAUCCUAUGCGACUCUUAUUUGCAACUAUUGGAAAACGCUAAAUUAGAGACUCGAAAAAAAAUUGCAAGUCAAUUGGAACAGAAAGGUAAAUGCAUAGAUAAGAUGCAAAAGUUAUGCAGAUUGUUAUAUCCGAACGAUAAUAUUGGUGGGACGAUCGCAAGACUCGUGGAAAUCUUGUUGGAAUCAAAGCAAAAAGAGAUAUUUGUCAAGGAUUUGGGAGCGGAAUUUCCGCCGGAACAAAAAAAACGACAUCAUCUACAAACUGCGAUAGCUACGCUCAAUUGGCUCGAAGUAACGGAAACAGUGUUAGAGGACACCAACGGAUUAGACAAUGAAGGGGAGAUGAUCCUGAAACUUAAGCGAAACAUUUUGGCAACGCAUGGUCAAUCCGCACUUCGUUCCUCGAGAUUAAGUUACGCCACUCACGAGGAAGCAGCUGAGGCCAGGAAAAGUGGAUUUGAGCAGGUCAACUUUAUGUCGCUGGAUGUAUACGCUCGCAAGCCGUCAUCUAGUCCAAAACCAGUAAUGGUUGUGGUAUCUGCAAAUUAUCGACUUGCACCUAUUUCCGUGUAUCCUAAUCAAUUAAUUGACAUAAAGAGGGCGUUACGAUGGAUAAAAACAAACAUCGCGGCGUUUGGCGGCGAUCCACAAUUUGUUGCUGUUGCUGGCGAUGACGCUGGCGGACAAAUUGCUGCCGUGGUUGCUCUCACACCCAAUAAUCGCAAAUAUCAGCCAAACUUUGAGUCCGUCGACACCUCGGUGAAUGCAUGUGUUUUGAUCAAUGCUAUUACUGAUCUUGUGGACGAAAAAAAUCUAUGGGAUGCGAUGUCUAUCGAUGACUUCU